UCAGCAGCAGCAGGAAAUGGACGCUGUGUGCCUGUGUGUGUGUGUGUGUGUGGUAAGUAAGCAGCAGCAGCAGCAGUAACAGCACAGUUCUGGGAGGAGGAGAAACCAACGACCAGCAGCAGCAACAGGCGACGACUGUAAGCACGUUGAGGUGAAGAUGAGCGACGCAGUUCAGGCCAAAGUGGAACUUUUUGUCAAGGCGGGGAACGAUGGUCAAAGCAUCGGAAACUGUCCUUUCUCCCAGCGUCUCUUCAUGGUGCUGUGGCUGAAAGGAGUCACCUUUGACGUCACGACCGUGGAUAUGAAGAGGAAGCCGGACAUCUUGAAGGACCUGGCUCCUGGUGCUCAGCCUCCCUUCCUUUUGUACGGCAGCGAGGUGAAAACCGACACCAACAAGAUCGAGGAGUUCCUGGAGGAAAGACUGUGCCCUCCCAAAUAUCCACGUCUGGCUGCUCGUAACCCAGAGUCCAACACAGCAGGCAUGGACGUCUUCUCCAAAUUCUCUGCUUACAUCAAGAACUCAAACCCGCAGGCAAACGAGAAUUUAGAGAAAGGCCUGCUGAAGGCUUUGAAGAAGCUGGACGACUACCUCGGCUCCCCGCUUCCUGACGAGAUUGACGAGAAUAGUGCUGAUGAGGUCACCGUCUCUUCCCGCCCCUUCCUGGACGGCCAACAGCUCACUCUGGCUGACUGCAACCUGCUGCCAAAGCUCCACAUCGUGAAGGUGGUGUGUUUGAAGUACCGACAAUUCAACAUCCCCGAGUAUCUAACCAACCUCUGGAGGUACCUGAACGCAGCGUACGCACGGGAGGAGUUCGCCUCCACCUGCCCCGGUGACCAGGAGAUCCACAUCGCCUACUCCUGCGUGGCCAAAGCUCUCAAGUAGGAGGACAGCAGGAUGCACGACUCGCACAUGCACCAGCAGAACAACAUAGCCCCAAAAUAGCCCCAAAACAAACAACACAUGCACACAUCAAUGAUUCAGUCUGAAAGCAAUAUGAUCGAUCUGUUAAUUUGUCUCUAUAAUGUACUCGAAAACUGCAGGAACGUUGAUAUUUUUAAUUGUUUUAUCUGCCUGCAUUAUG